AUGCCGGCCCGCCUCACCCUCGCCGUCGCCCAAUCCCGCACCCUAGAAACCACAGCCGCAACCCUGCGCGCCCUCGAAGACACGACGCGCACCGCCGCCGCGCGCGGCAUCGACCUGAUCCUCUUCCCCGAAGCGUACCUAGGCGGGUACCCGCGCACGUGCAGGUUCGGCUCGAGCGUCGGGUCGCGCGACCCCAUCGGGCGCGAGCAGUUCCUGCGGUACUUCCAGGCGGCGGUGGACCUGGGGGACACGCCGGCGGGGGCGGGGGACGAGUGGGUGGCGCGGCGGCUGGCGGUCGCUCCGGGGCGCGAGUACCGGGGGGACGGGACGCGCGAGGUGCUCGAAAGGAUCGCGCGCGAAACGGGCGUGUUCGUCGCGGUGGGCGUCGUGGAGCGCGCGGGCGGCAGCCUCUUCUGCGCCGUGCUGUACGUGUGUCCGGCGCGGGGCGUGCUAGGGAAGCGCCGCAAGGUGAUGCCGACGGGGACGGAGCGGCUGGUCUGGGCACAGGGCGGGUCGGAGACGCUGCGCGCUGUCGUGGCCGAGAUUAAGGGCGUGCGGCUCACGCUUGCGGCGGCUGUCUGCUGGGAGAACCUCAUGCCCCAGCUCCGAUGGGCUAUUUACUCGCAGAACGUCAACCUCUAUCUCGCGCCCACGGCCGAUGCGCGCGAGACGUGGUUGCCGCUUAUGCGCACCGUGGCGCUCGAGGGCCGCGCGUUCGUGCUUAGUGCGAACCAGUGCGUGCGGAGGGGGCAGCUGCCGGGGUGGGUGAGGGGGGAGAUGGGGGAGGAACUAUCCCUCCCCCCCGCCUCGCCCACCCACUCACAAGCACAAACAAAAUCCCACGCCCAUCCCCGCCGCCGCAAAUCAAUCAUCACCGCAACGCCCGAGCACCACGAGAUCUGCUGGCCGGAGCCACGGGCAACUACCACGACCACCUCCUCCAAAGACAACAACGCAACCGCCAGCGCAAGCGCCGACGACGCCAACGACUUCGUCUCCCGCGGCGGCUCCUGCAUCAUCUCCCCCUCGGGCGACAUCCUGGCGGGGCCCAUCUGGGAAACCGACGACGACGCCGGCGCUUCUCUUUUAGCAGCAACCGUCGACUUCGACGACUGCGUCCGCGGCCGCCUCGAUCUCGACGUCGGUGUUGGCGGGUCGUAUGCGCGUGCGGAUGCGUUUGAGUUGGUGGUUAGGGGGCUGGAUUUGAGUCCGCCGCCUUAG